UUUAUUGUGUGCUGCAAGUUUCGAGUCCUUAGUUGUUAGAAAUGCAUUUAACAGUGUUCGUGUAUCGGUGUUUGUGAUUUGAAUUAAAAAGUUGGAUGGUUGGUUUGCUAUGUUAUAUGUUAUGCAUAUAAAGUCAGUAAGGGUAAAUUCACGGCACAAUGUUGAGUGUGGACUCGUUGCAAGUUGCCGAAGAGGAGGUGGUGGAGUCCAGCUCAAACAGACUGGGGGAGAUUUACACUUUCGUCGCCGAUGGAUGUUUUCCCCAAACCAUGAAUCCCAUUCGCAAGAAAAAUCUUAAACGAUAUGCUCAAAAAUUUAUAAUUGAUGAUGGCCGAUUGUUUUACGUUGGACCAAAGAAAGAAGAAAAGCGAGAAGUUGUGAUUGAAGCAGACCGGAAGAGACAGAUAUUCUUGGAGUGUCACUUUAAUGAUAUGGGGCAUCACUUGGGACAGAAGAAGACUGUUCACAGGAUUCAGAGUAAAUACUACUGGCUUGGCAUUGUCAAGGAUGUUGUGGAUUGGAUUAAAGUGUGUGAAACAUGUCAGCACACAGAGCGAAAUAAAAACCUGGCAAGAACAAUACGACCCAUCAAGGUGGAGGGUCCGUGGGAGAUUCUGGCUAUUGAAAUAAUCGGUCCUUUUCCAGGAACUGUACAUCGAGGAAACACACACAUUGUUAUCAUUACAGAUUACUAUAGUAAAUGGGUAGAGGCCUUUCCUAUACAAAAGAAAGAUGGUCUUUGUGUUGCAAGAUGCAUUUCAUCAUCUUUUUACAGAUUUGGCCCGGCAAGGACAAUAUUUUGCUCUCAAAGUAUUGAGUUGUGUGAAGAGGUUACUAAGCACUUGUGUGACCGGUGGAACAUAGCAUCCAGGGUGUUGUCAGUAGACCAGCCGCAGCGGAGCGCACUGUUUGAUCGCAGCAGUCAUCUACUCAGAGAUGCCAUAAAACAGAUGGUGGUGGAAAAACAGGUGGAAUGGGAUGAUUUUCUAGAUCCAGUUUUAGCGAUCUUCAGAACUUCAGUCAACCCUACGACAAAAUUCACACCUCAUUUUUUAAUGUUUAACAGAAAAGCCAGCGUGUCUCAUGAGUUAAAGUUUGAUCCUCUUAGUUACAAUCAAGAUCAGGAUGGAUAUACCCUUAAUGAAAAAGACACCAACUCCAUUCUGUCCUCUAUUCAAGAACAACAGAAUAAUGUCAGACAGAUGGUAAUUACAAAUAUGAAUGUUGCCUACAGACAGGAGAAGAAGAAUGCAAAACACAAAGCUAGAAACAUGCCUUCUAUAACUCUAACUGUGACGGACCCAAUGUUCAGCACAGAGGGUUCAUCCUCACCAAAAAAAAUUACAGAAAGCCUGUACUUGUCUCUUCCAGUAGAGACCGUCCUUACCACAGUCCAGAAUGUAGCUGAAGACAAGAAGAAUAUCUUAGAAUAUUCUCUAACAGAUGUGCACUGAUUGGGUGAGAAUUGGAAAGCACAGGGUUCAUCAUGUACAGACUCCAGGACUAUGUCUGCUGUGAGGUGAUCCAUAUGACAAGUGGGCAAACAUCUGGCAUGGUUUUAGCUAUUGGUCACUUUAUGUACACACAACUGGGCCUGAACUAAAAUCAGUUCCUAGUGAAACUGGGACUUGGAAAUAGGUGUUCAAACACAUAAUGUAGCAAUAUACAAAUGUUUUUUUUUUUUCAACUCAAAGGCUUUCAGUAACACUUAUUUUUCAAAGUGAAAGCAUUAUGUUAGAGUUGUAGCUAAAAUUAAAAACACAUUUUCUUGUACGUCAUAAAUCAGAUAUUCUGAGUAUUACAUCUGAAUUGACUUACAGUAUUGUUUUAAAGGAUGUCGAUAUGAAAAGUUUAUUAAUAAUGCCUGUGAACGUUUUAUGCUCAUGACAACUUAUGAUUAUUUUUAUGUCCAACCGUUUGGUAUUAUUUAUUCUCUAACACUACCCUUAUGAAAAUUAACCUUGGUUUUACUACAGUAAAAAAAAACAUGGUUACCACAAAAUAACCAUGGUUUUGACAACCAUGGUUUUCAAAAACCAUAGUUUACACCGUGGUAACUGUAGUGAAACACAAAACCAUGGUUCAUUUUUGUAAGGGUAUGAAUUAAAUAUUUAGAUUUGAGCAGUCUUUCACAAAGUCAAGUGUAUGUUGAUGUCAACCUGAGUUUUAAAUGUAUAUUAUGUGAUAUUAAAUGAAUGUGCGCGUUAUUCUU